UACCUGUCUCUGCCGAGCUAAAUCUGGGGAAAACGAAUAAGAAUAUAAAGUACAUUAAACAGAGAAGAAAGUGUUUAAGCCAUCGUCCGAAACGUAAUGAGCUUGCAUUUAAGACUCAGAUGACAAUGGGAGAAAGGACAAACUGGCAGGGACGUCUGAGAGAUAGUUAACUAACGCUAGCGCCGCGGCUAACGUCAGGUUGAUUGCUAAACGUUGAACCGGUGCGGCGAUGGAGCCGAUUGUGUCUGAAGUCACAGAAAAGCGCGUUCUUUUCUCGGCGUCUCUCCUUAUACGAGUCGCAUUGGUUUGGUAUGGCGACUACCAGGACGCCACCAUGGUUGUGAAGUACACCGAUAUUGACUACCAUGUGUUCACAGAUGCCGCCAGGUUCAUCACUAAGGGUGAGUCGCCCUACAAUAGAUCCACAUAUCGCUACACCCCCCUUGUAGCGUGGCUGCUCACCCCCAACAUAUAUCUCAGCUGUAUGUGUGGCAAAAUCCUCUUCGUCGUCUGUGAUAUGCUCUCGGGACUUCUCAUCUACCGCAUCCUCUGCCUGCGGGGGCUGGACCCCAAGGAGGCGUGCCGUGUAUCCUCUCUGUGGCUCCUCAAUCCCCUGCCCAUGGGAGUGUCCAGCCGAGGGAGCGCUGAGUCAGUCCUGUCAGCCCUAGUGCUUGGGACGUUACUCUGUAUGGAAGGCCAGCAUCUAUCUUGGGCGGCUCUGCUCUUUGGCCUGUCGGUGCAUAUGAAGAUCUACCCCAUUACAUAUGCCCUGCCUAUCGCUCUGGCCCUACGCUCACCAGAGACGAGAGCAGAUGAAAAGGAGGGACGAAGAUUUAAGAGGUUGUUGAGGUUCAUUGGGAGCUUCUUUAACCAAGAGCUGUUCCUCUUUGCAAGUGUGGCUGGAGGCGUUUUUAGUGGACUUACUGGACUUUUCUAUCACAUGUAUGGUUGGGAGUUCCUUCAUGAGACCUACUUGUACCAUCUGACCAGGAGGGAUACCAGACACAACUUCUCUCCAUAUUUCUACAUGCUCUACCUUACUGCAGACAGUGGUUGGAGCCUGUGGCUUGGCCUGGCAGCCUUUCUGCCCCAGCUAGCUCUGCUGUUGCUCGUCUCCUGGGCCUAUCACGGUGACCUGGCUCUCUGCUGCUUCCUACACACCGCCAUCUUUGUCUCCUUCAACAAAGUCUGCACCUCACAGUACUUCCUCUGGUAUCUGUGUUUAUUUCCUUUGGUCAUUCCUCAUCUGAGUCUGUCACCAAAACAGGGAGUGGGAUUGCUGGCCCUUUGGUUUGCCGGACAGGGCAUCUGGUUGGGUCCUGCCUACUACCUGGAGUUUGAAGGCUACAACACCUUCCUGUUGAUCUGGCUGGCUGGAUUGCUAUUCCUGGUCAUCAACUGUUACAUCUUGAUUCAGAUUAUAGCCCAUUACAAACCCCCCCAGCAUAGGCAGAGAUUAAAGCUUGAAUGACACUCCAGUUAUUUAUAGAACUAUAGAAGAUGCCUUUCUCCAUCCUGUGGAUUAAAUCUCCAGUGUGAGAAUUAACAGACCUUCGAUUUAUGGAUGUGUGUGUGUGUGUGUGUGUGUGUGUGUGUGUGUGUAUAUAUGCAAAUUCAAUUCAAUGUAUUGUCAUUAAAAACAAUGUGCAGGCACAUGUUAAAAAUGAAAUGAGGGCUGUGGCUUCACCAAACAGUGCAAGACAGACACAGACAAACACAGUAUAAGAUAUACACACAUGAAGACCAAAAGCUAAAAUAAGUUAAAAAAGAGCUGGAGUACAAAAUAUUUAAAAAUAUCUACAGACAUUCAGUGGGUAGCCAGGUUCAGGUGGGCAACAGCUUGGGGAAAGAAGCUGUUUUUGAGCCUGGUAGUGUGGGCUCUGAGGAUCCUGUAGCGCCUCCCAGAGCGCAGGGGGGGGGGGACAGUCCAUGGUUGGGGUGGGUGGGGUCUCUGCUGAUGCUGAGACCCCUUCGAAGGCAGCGUUUGUGAUAAAUGUCUUUUAUGGCUGUGAGCUGGGUACCGGUGAUAUGCUGGGCUGCCUUGACGAUCCGCUGCAGGGCUUUCUGCUCUACUGAGGUGCAGUUGCCGUACCACACUGAGAUGCAGAUGGUCAGGAUGCUCUCUAUGGUGCAGUGGUAGAAGUUGGUGAGAAUUUUGGGGGGUAGACGGGCGCUCCUCAGCCGCUUCAGGAAAUGCAGGCGUUGUUGGGCCUUUUUCACAAGGGCCUGGGUGUUUGAUGUCCAGGAGAGGUCCUCGCUGAUGUGGACUCCAAGGAAUUUAAAGCUGGAAACGCGCUCUACUUCCACCCCAUUGAUGUGUAUGGGGGAGUGGCUGCAGCUUCUACACCUCCUGAACUCUACAAUCAGCUCCUUUGUCGUGUAUAUAUAUAUGCACACACACACACACAUACACAGAGGACAGACUAAGGAGCUGAGUGCCUUAAAACCGGUAAAACAAAUCCUGUUUUAGGUACUCAGAUCCUCUGUUAAAACGUAAUCGAGCUUCAUCUCAACUUAGCUUUUUUUUUUUUUUUUUAAUAGCAGAAAAUUGAAUGUAAUAUAAACAAUUUUGUUUGUACCUGACAGUAGGUUACUGUCAUAGAUAUGUUUGUAAUAAA